AUGGAUGCCCAUACAUUAUCGCACGCAUCUACCCUCCUCGUUCGAGCCGACUCUAGCGGUCGCCCAUCCUACUACAAGGCGAUCGGUAUCUCUCUCGCGGUCGCAUCGGGGGUCUUCAUCGGCAUAUCGUUUGUCUUGAAGAAGAUCGGUCUUCUGAAAGCAAAUAUCAAAUACAACGAAGAAGCUGGAGUGGGAUAUGGCUAUCUGAAGAAUAUCCUUUGGUGGUCUGGCAUGACCCUGAUGAUCAUUGGUGAAAUCUGCAACUUUGUUGCUUACGCUUUUGUCGACGCUAUCCUAGUCACUCCCCUGGGUGCUCUGUCAGUGGUGAUUACCACAGUCUUAUCGGCGAUUUUUCUCAAGGAACGACUAAGUUUUGUGGGCAAGGUUGGCUGUUUCUCGUGCAUCGUUGGGUCCGUAGUGAUUGCGUUGAAUGCGCCUGAGCAGUCAUCGGUCAGCGACAUCCAAGAAAUGCAGCACUAUGUUAUCCAGCCUGGGUUCUUGUCAUAUGCAGGUGUCAUCAUCGUCGGUUCCAUAUUCACGGCGUUCUGGGCAGGUCCCCGAUAUGGCAAACAAAGCAUGUUCGUCUACAUCAGCAUUUGCAGCAUGGUUGGUGGUUUGAGUGUGGUUGCGACACAGGGGCUGGGAUCGGCGAUUAUAGCCUGGAUCGGGGGUGCUCCACAGUAUAAAGAGUGGUUUCUCUGGGUUUUGCUUGUCUUCGUGGUUUGCACUUUACUGACGGAGAUCAUUUUUCUCAACAAAGCGUUGAAUAUCUUCAAUGCUGCCCUCGUCACGCCGACCUACUACGUCAUGUUCACAAGUGCCACUAUUGUGACUUCCGCCAUUCUGUUCCAAGGAUUCAAGGGCACCGCCACUGCAAUCACAACUGUGAUUAUGGGUUUCCUGCAGAUUUGCACCGGUGUGGUCCUCCUCCAAAUAUCAAAGUCUGCUAAGGAUGUGCCCGACGCGGCUGUCUUCAAGGGCGACUUGGACCAAAUCCGGGAGGUUGUCACACAAGAGGAGCCAGAGUCGGAGCCCAGGGCAGACUCGAUCCGUGGUGCAGCCUCUAUCAUUCGUCGCAUCUCUACUGCUCGUCGGAACAUGGAGUCUGAUGAGGCCAAGCGCUUCUUCCACGACAAAUACGAGGAUACUCUCAAGCCCCCUGGUGAGAACGAAAUCAUUGAAUGGGAUGGCCUCCGUCGGCGGAAGACUGUCCUCGGAGCAGGACCUACGAUGUCUCGCGCAUCUACUCCUCGAACACCUUCACUGAAGCAACAGUUCCCACCGCUUGGAAUGUCGCAUUUCCCGGAUCCAGAGGAUGAGGAUGAUGAGCGACCAACCACCAAGCAAAGCGGUCAUUCCUUCCUCUCUGAUAUUCGCUCUCGGACUUCCAGUCUGCGUCAUCCCCAGCAGUGGAUUCCAUUGAGGGAGCAGGAUGAAAAGAAUGUCAGUUCAGAUGCCCCGUUGGCUCAGGAUGAAGGUGUCGACACGCAAUACCAUGGUGCUCCCCGCCAUGUAGGCCGUGAACGAAGCGAUACCCCUAGAUCUAUCGCCUGGGCCGAUGAGAAAGCGGAUGAGACUCUUGGACCACCGACAAACACUGCGCGCCGCCAGUUCUCCUUCAACAGCAUGAUAAACCGCAUGAAAGUGAACCGUGAAGCGUCCCCCAAGCCCCCUGCCAGUCCGCCUCGUGGUAUUCUUCGCCGGACCACAAACUCAGGAACGGAAGAAGAACGACUUGGCCUUGUGAAGGGUGAUUCUUACGUAGCACCGCCAGAGAGUCUCGGGGAGAAGCUGGAGCGCUGGUCGAGCACCGAGUCAGAUGUCAAUGAAAUUCAACCCCAAGCAUUGCGCACCAGCCGCCCUCACACCGACUCCGUUUCAUCCAUGUCGACCGCAGCCUUCCCACCAUACGAAGACCACCACCAUGCACUGUACUCUGGAUCUGGUGCUUCCGCGUCAAAUCCUUACUAUCUUCCGCCCACACGACAAGCAACAUCGCCAGAACAUGUUGAAGAGUACGAUGGCUGGCAGCUGCCACCAUCCAGUGCUCGCGACCGUAACCGCACACGAACAAACUCCUCAUCCCACGGCCGUGCCCCGCCGCCAGCUCAGUCCUCUUUCUCUACGCACCGCCGCCCUAAUCCGCUGCCUCCUUUACCUGACGAGACUGCCGUUGGCAUGCGAUCCAUCUCCUCCGACUCGUCCGACAUGGGUGUCGCUUCAAUCUCGUCUACCGAAGCCCAGGACACUGAAAACACCCGCCCUGCCCAUCUUGCCCGUCAUAACAGUGGCUGGCGUCGGCACAUGUCUGAGCUGAGCAGUCACGAUGGUGAUGCAUCUGAGGACAGAGGGAACGAUCAUGGCGCAUUUGUCUGA